CUCUCUCUCUCUCUCUUUCUCUCUUCCGCAGUUCAACACUUUCCAUCUUGCCUCUCGCAAGGCUUCGCGCGCAGACGGCAGCAUGUCCAUCGUGAGCAUCGUUGCCAGGGAAAUCCUGGACUCUCGGGGAAACCCUACGGUGGAGGUGGACCUGAGAACUGACAAAGGUGUGUUCAGGGCUGCAGUGCCCAGCGGAGCGUCUACGGGCAUCUAUGAAGCUCUUGAACUCAGAGAUGGAGACAAAAGCCGUUACAAAGGAAAAGGUGUCCUGAAGGCUGUUGGUCACAUAAAUGACACUUUAGGACCAGCCAUCAUUGCAUCUGAGAUCAGUGUGGCGGAACAAGAGAAACUGGACAACAUCAUGAUUGAAAUGGAUGGCACGGAGAACAAAUCCAAGUUUGGUGCCAAUGCCAUUCUGGGAGUGUCUCUGGCGAUCUGCAAGGCCGGUGCGGCAGAGAAAGGCGUCCCCCUGUACCGCCACAUUGCCGAUCUGGCAGGAAACACAGAACUAGUGCUGCCGGUCCCUGCUUUUAAUGUAAUAAACGGAGGCUCCCAUGCCGGAAACAAGCUUGCCAUGCAGGAAUUCAUGGUUCUACCCGUAGGGGCGGAGUCAUUCCGUGAUGCGUUGCGCGUCGGGGCCGAGCUGUAUCAGACGCUGAAGGGUGUCAUCAAGGAGAAGUACGGCCAAGACGCCACCAACGUCGGUGAUGAGGGAGGAUUUGCCCCAAACAUCCUGGAAAACAGUGAAGCGCUGGAGCUGAUCAAGACGGCCAUUGACAAAGCAGGUUUCACAGAUAAAGUCGUGAUUGGUAUGGACGUGGCCGCCUCCGAAUUCUACCGCGAUGGAAAGUACGACCUCGACUUUAAGUCGCCCCCAGACCCCGACAGACACAUUACUGGCGAUGAGCUUUUAGAGAUCUACCAGACGUUUGUCAAUGACUAUCCAGUGGUGUCCAUCGAGGACCCAUUCGAUCAGGACGACUGGCCCGCUUGGACUAACAUGACGGCCUCCAUGGGGAUCCAGAUUGUGGGAGACGACUUAACCGUGACAAACCCGAAGAGAAUAGAGAAGGCUGCGGAAGAUCGAGCCUGCAACUGCCUCCUGCUGAAGGUCAACCAGAUCGGCUCCGUCACAGAGGCCAUCCAGGCGUGUAAACUGGCCCAGGCCAAUGGAUGGGGUGUGAUGGUCAGCCAUCGCUCGGGAGAGACUGAAGACACUUUUAUUGCUGAUCUAGUGGUGGGGCUUUGCACUGGACAGAUAAAGACAGGAGCUCCAUGCAGAUCUGAGCGUCUCGCUAAAUACAACCAACUUAUGAGGAUUGAAGAAGAACUGGGCGAUCAGGCUCGAUUUGCCGGGCACAACUUUAGAAACCCUAGCGCUCUGUGAGACCGACAUCACCACACUGAAAUCACACAACAACCACUGACAAACCGCACUGAACCGACUGACUGCCCAAACUCCCCCUGAGAAUGCAUUCAAACAGCACCGUUUGCACUGAUAUACAAACAAAGACACAUAUAUGAACCCCACUGGACUGAGGACAGGCUUUGAAAGACCAAAUAUUAUGCACAGUGGAUCUAGUUUUAAGCAGACGUUAUGCACAAGAGAUUCUGAAUUACUUGUUGGGUAAACCACAGGGUGAAUAUGCAUGCAUGCAGUUAUGUGGAUAAAGAAAAAAGAAACAAAUUUAGCAAGGUCGUAUGGUUUAAUGGCUAAACAGAGACAUUUAAGAUGGAUUAAAAGAAAAGAGAAACUACGUUUAAUAUUAAGUGAUGAUAAUAAUCUUAAAAAUUCAAUUUGGGUUACGAAAUAUAUGUACAUAAGUAAAGAACUAAAGAACACAAUUAAUAAAUUAAAUGUAAUUUAUAUGGUACUUUGCAUGGGAGAGAGAGGAAAACGGAAGGAAGAAAAUAUGCAGACAUUUUGUUUUGUUUUUUGGCCUGAAAUGUAAAAAAGUGACAUUAUUUAUUUCUACACGUAAACAACGAGAAACAACAUGCUGUGAUCAUACUGUUACAUUGGCUGUGAUGUAAAAAUGUUAGGUAUUGUUUAUUAGCAUUUUACUCAGUACCUUUGAUCAAGAAAGUUUCUUUCAGUUACUGUUUUUGGAGAGAUUUUCUUACAUAAUAGCAUUUUGAUGCUGAGAAAAGAAACAGAUACGGAGACAAAAGAAAAGGCCAAAUAACAAAACAAAACGGCCUGUAACUAAAUAAACAGAUACAAAUGUUUUACACUUUAGAAUUCAAAAACAAAUGAAUCAAUGUGUGAAGAUUAUGUUUCUUUUAAUAAAUGUGCUUCUAAAUCUACAUUAAACAACAAGAGAAAUGUUUAAAUGGGUAAAAUUCACAGAAUCCACUAACAGUCUUUUCAGAGCAGAUUUGGCAACCCUACAUCUUUAUACAUCUGCCUGAUAUGUCAUCUCAAACACGAAGUGUCAUUUUUCCUCUAUUGUUGUUUAAGCGAUAAACUUUCUGGCUUUUCCAAUUAUUUCGCUUUGGAACAGGACGACUGUAACUGUUUGUUCAAACAAAGGCAGACAGGGGCUUUUUUGGUGGAAAUUAUACACUUCACCUUUAAGAUUAUUUCAGCUAUGAAAAUAAUAUAAAACAGAGAUUGUGAAUACGCAAAUAAAAUAUUCAGAGAAAUCAUAAAGUCAUAAUGACACAUCUCAUUCAAGAACUAGACUGACAGAGCAGCUUAUACACAAAUAUAGACAAACACACAUGAACUCACAUUUGUGUAGCAAAGUGUCACCUCUCAACGCAAAUGACUCCUUCUCCUCUUCCGUGAUUUACUUCUUUGUUCUGUAUUUCUUCCUUUCUUAUCGUUUUCUGUUCACACCCCCUCCAUCACCUCCUUUCCCUUCUUGUGGUUGACUUGGCUUGUGCCCCAAUGCCUGAAAUCUCUCCCCCGCUGACUUUCUACUCAUUUUCUCCAUUUGUGGGAUUAUUGUGGUAAAAAAGGAAAAGCAAGAUGGAGAUUAAAAAUACAAAUAAAUGACAAGCCUGUUGAAAAAAUAUUGAAUUAAGGCUGUCAUUACUUUUGUCA